AUGUGGAAAAAAUCGCGGAAAAAUGAGGGAAAAUUUUUCUACAAAAUUGUCCGUCCUAGUCAGAACGUGCCUGGUGUGACGGCUGGUUGGUAUUACUGUACGACGUGUAAGGUGUCGAUGGAGACCCCUGAUAAAAUCAGCAUUCACAUCAACGGUCGCAGGCACAAGCUUGAAAAGCAUUAUGGUCGAGAGCCGGCGCUGAUGGAGUCCUCGUGGAGUGGACGUAAAAGGAGAGUUUCCGAGGCAUCGACUGUUGACACUCCUCGAGAAGUGAAAGUACAACCUAGAAUGAAUAACAAGGGUGAUUGGGAGAAGAAGCGGCAGAGGAAUGAUUACAACGUGUGA